UGCUUUUUUUUUUCUGUAUGAAAAUGGAUAAUGGGAUCUUUUCAGUAGCGUUUUAAUUUUUCUGAGCAAAGGAGGAAAAAAAAAUGGAAGAGGCAAUUGUUUGGGCUGCCUUCUUUUGCAAGAAAGCAUAUGUUUGUUGUCCCUGCACAAAGGGCCCAUUUGACGUAGCCACAGUUGUGACCCAGGUGUCUGGCAAAGAUGUGCCAAAUAAUUUGACAGGAGUGGGCCUGAUGAUGGUGGUUAGCAAGGCUGGGUAACUGUUCAGGACAGGCUAGCUGCUACUCCCUGCUUACCUAGCCAUCCACCAUGUUCUCUCACUAAAAUGUUUUCAGAAGGAACGGGCAUAGCAGCCACACAUAUAAAGAGGUGCUUACACCACUCUGCUCCAAUUACCUGCAGUGUUAAAUUAUCUGAAAUACAUUUGGUUGAGUUUGUAUUAUUUCUUUCAUAGUUUGUUACCUUGUGAUAUUUCCAGAUGUCCAUUUUUUGUGUUUAAAGGACACCUAUCUGGAUGUAAUGCAUUAUCACUGAGCCAACAGCCACUGUAUACUGUACCUUUUCUAUUUCACCUCUGACUUCAGCCUCACUUACUUCUUGUGCAGUGAAUGGUGGGAAAUGUAGUUUUUCUGUGUACAGGAAGUGCAAUAUAUUCUCUUGGUAAACUAAGGGGUGUUGGGAUCUGUAGUAAACUCUUGGGUGUGGUGCAUGUCGGGAUCUGCAGUCAUUUUGGAGGGAGGGUUUGCUGCAGAAAGAUCUUCCCUCCUCCGGUUGUUCCCGGUGUGGGGAGGAGCCUGGUCGGUUCCCAGGAACCUCAGGCUGAUGCCCAUCUCAGCCCGUCCACGCCUGCAAUGGGAUGAUCCUCUGAAUCCCUUGAGGAUUAGUGUGGGCAGUCUUCCGGUGCUGGCGUCCAUGACCAAAGCAGCUGACCCCCGCUUCCGCCUGCGUUGGAAGGCCAUUGUGGUGACCACUCUGGCCCUUGUCCUUGUGUUGUUGCUCCUUUGUUUCCAGCGUUCAUCCCCUGUGAACAGGCCAGUUCCUCUCAAUGCUCAUACUUGGAGGCUCAGUGUCCUACCUGGUGAGAGGUAUAAUGACACUUACCCACUGUCACCACCCCAGCGGAUCCCAGAAGGUGUGCGGUACCGUAUUGGACUCAUUGCUGACCUUGACACAAACUCCAAGGGUCCCAGUGAACAUACCUGGUUCAGCUACUUGAAAAAGGGUUAUCUCACAUUGUCAGCCAGUGGGGACCAUGUCUCUGUCGAGUGGGAUACCCAGGACCAUAUAUUGGAAUCUCACCUAGCUGAAAAAGGGCGUGGCAUGGAGCUUUCUGAACUGGUAGUCUUUAAUGGCAAACUCUAUGCUGUGGAUGAUCGCACGGGUGUGGUCUAUCAGAUUGAUGACACCAGGGUAGUACCUUGGGUGAUCUUAUCUGAUGGAGAUGGCACAGUUGGCAAAGGAUUUAAGGCAGAAUGGUUGGCAGUGAAGGAUGAGCAUCUCUAUGUAGGAGGCCUGGGCAAAGAAUGGACCACAACUACGGGAGAGGUGCUCAAUCAAAAUCCAGAAUGGGUGAAAGUCAUUGGCUACAAAGGUGAUGUGGCUCAUGAGAACUGGGUGACCAAUUACAAUGCACUCCGGACUGCAGCUGGGAUCAAACCUCCAGGUUACUUGAUCCAUGAGUCUGCCUCUUGGAGCGAGAGACUGCAACGCUGGUUCUUCCUGCCACGCCGUGCCAGUCAUGGACGCUACAAUGAGCAGGAGGAUGAGCAUCGUGGCACCAACUUGCUUCUUAGUUCCACACCAGACUUUACUGAUAUCACUAUGAGCCAUAUUGGUGAUAUCAUUCCCACCCAUGGCUUCUCUUCCUUCAAGUUUGUCCCUGACACUGAUGAUCAGAUAAUUGUGGCAUUAAAAUCUGAAGAGGAUGCUGGACAUGUGGCAACCUAUAUCACUGCCUUCAUGCUGGAUGGGCGUUGCCUGUUACCUGAAACUCGCAUUGGUUCUGUCAAAUAUGAGGGCAUUGAGUUUAUCUAAUUGAAAGAAUUCAUACUUUUAAGCAGGUCAGAUGAACUGCUGAGAGAUGGCAGAAGUUCUGUUCCUGGUUUAUUGCUCUAACUGCUGCAGAGCAUUAAGGGACAUUGAAGUGCUUCUCUUGACAUAGUUUUCACCUCAGUAAAAACUACUUUACAAUUGUAGCUUGUUUCUGUGCUGACCCCUAGUGGUACAAAGUGUGCAAUGCCUGUAUGGCCUUUUUUCCCCCUCCGUUGCAUCCUAGGACUUAGCCCACUCCCUGCUUUAUUCAACCAAGCUAUUGAUCUGGCAGAACAAACCUAGUGAAGAAUUGCCUUAUUCUUCCCUAUUCCACCUUCCUUCCCCCCUUACUAUUCACAUGUGCCUUUGCUGAGAAGAGGAAGUCUUCAAACCCAGUUAUUCAGCAAAGAUAUUAUUCAAAUUUUUGGAAGGUCUGCCUUGGCUCUGCCUAUUCCUGCAACAAUAGUUUUAUCUGCACAGGUACCUCUUUUUGAUAGAAAAUUGCAGGUGGGACUUUGGCCUCUAGUCUGGAACUUUUCUGGUAACAGCAGAAAAGGAGCUGAUGCCAUAGUUUGGGGCAUUUUGUCUUUGGAACAAAAGGCUCAUCUUCUGUUAUGAGCGACCUUAUGACUGAGGCAAAGAGAUCCCUUUAUGCUAGUCUUAAUCUUGAGAUAUCAAACUUCAUAUUGGUAAGAAACCUAAAAGAUAUAUAACAAGCCAUAAUUGGCUUCCAGUUUUAAACAUUACAUUCUCAGGAUAUGUACUGGAGUGUUAUUCAGGUCAUGGUUCGAAAGUUUGUUUUCCCUGAUCCUUCAUUUAAAAAAAAAAAAAAUUGGUUUCAGUGUUAGGAAACAAGAUCUUAUGAGAAUACUAUAGCUGGAAUCAGGUUCUGAAGUUAUUCCAUCUACAGAAUUUUUAGCAUUCAGUGUUCUUUUGCGUGUAAUAGAAUGGGCAAGUGAACUUACUUUGGCUUCCAUGUCCCUUCCUUGUUCUUGAACAUUUUCUUUUAAGUUUUAUGGCAAUCCUAGCACUGUGUCUUAUUUUUCAAAUAAAUUAUCAGCAGCUUUUCUAGUUCGAAGGUCUGUGGUGACUUUAGUUACCUGAAUGGAACAAAAAAAAUAAUGUGUUGACAGUCAUGACAAGUGCCAACUUUUGAGCAGAUAAGAUAAAAAUAUAUGUUUAAGAAACACAAAUAUUAUGGAACAGUUUGUAGGAACGUAGGCUACAGAAACUCCAAAGAAACGUAAUGAUUUUUUGGGUAUGCCAAAAUGUACAUGAUUGAAGCCUAUGCCAUAAAUGUGUGUGAAGAUAAAUGAAUGUGCUUUAUACCAAAUCAGACCAUUGUGCUCAUCGUACUCAAUAUUGUCUAUUCUAACCGGUAAUUCCCUUUAGAGUUUGGUCCUAGGCUAUUUUGCAUGCAAAAUAUGUACUCUAUCAUUGAACAGCAGUUUCUCAUUCACAGAAUAUCUGAUGCAAUUUUAGUGGGGAUUGACUUAUAUCAGAUGUUCCCCAAAUACUUCUACCCCAACAUCUUCUGUUUGUAUCUUAGAGCAUAAACUAUAAAAUGAUACAUUAGGAGGGUGGAAUACAAAUCUCUAUAUAAAUGAUCUCUUUUGAAUAUUGUGUGAAAUUCAGAAAGACUGGUCACUAGAUGGCAGUACUUGUUUGUUACACAGCCAUGGCAUGAAGAGCUCCUUCAGCUUGCCUUGGAAUGAUCAGUACGCCCUCUGGAGGUGUGGCAUAAUGUUUACAUCAAAUGUGUCAAGUCCAAUCAGUAUUUGUGUGUGUUGGCAUUUGCUGUUAAAUAUACUUAAGAUUUAGAUCAUAAAUGUAAGAAUCCAAGACAUACAAAAAUAAUAAAUGAGUUUGGACACACACAGUCAGAUUUUGAUAACUGCCUCCCAUUUUAUGUAGAGAAUAUUGCCUAUAAAGUUGAAUUACUUUUAGUAAUCUGCUAAUAAGAGUUAAAUUGGCAAAAAUGAUUACUUAGUAACAAUUUAGGGAUUGUUUCUGGGAGGCUCAGGUAUGACGUUUAAAUAUGAGCUCAUUAGCAUCACCCUAGCUCUUUGUGUAGUAUACCUUUUUUGUUAAGGGAUUGAUAACAAGAAGCAAAAAUAAUUAUUUGAAGUUCAGUUAGUAGGAACUUUCAUGUGAGCAGAACGCUAGAACUCUGGAAAAAUGCAAAUAUAUUUCUGAUUUCUAAAUCGUUCUUUUUCAAACACUCCACAAAGGAACCUACAUACUAGCUAAUUAAAACCCUGGCGGAAACACUGUCCAAUUGUUAAGCAUCUUCAUCUCUGGGCAAAUUAGCAAGUUAAAGUCUUAUUUGGAUAUCAUGGUAGUUUCUUUUAUUCUAAGGGCCUCUGCCUGGAUGUUUGACCUGUCCCAUGGAUGUUUGACCUGUCCUGUUGAAUCAGCCAGCCCAAACUCAGUCAGAGCUAAUCUUCAAAGGCAGGCUUCUGAUUAAUCCCCAAAUUAAGCUACUGAGCCAUUGAUUUAAUCGCAUCCUUGUAUGUCCAAAGUUGUAUUCUGUGUGGUUUUGUUCAACAUUUUUAAGUUUUAGUUGAGUUCAGCUUUAUUUAAGGAAGCUCACAGAAUUCAGCAGUCAGAUGUUUUACAUGGCUCUACAAUCUUUGUAUGAAUUGCUUGGCAAGUUGCCCCCUCCCCAUAAUCUCUGAUGCCCUCUAAAUGUAUCGGACCAUCUCCCAUAUGCUUUAAAUGGGAUGACUAAUAGCAAUGCUGUCUUGAGGGUCACGGAAGUCCAAAAUGUCUACAGUAGAAGGGACAAGUUUGGAGAAGGGUACCCAAGUUCACUCUUACACAAACAAGAUAAACUAUUACCAGUACCAUCAUUUUUCUCUCUGUAAAUAACCUUACCUUAUAUAUCCAGAUACAGUGUCAUGUUCUCUAUGGAAGUUUCAUUUUUAAAAGAUGAAAUUUAAAAAAAAAGAUGUAAAUAGAGAAUAACCAAAUGCCUUAAGAGAGAGAUUCUCUUAAAAUAUUGUUAAUCAGGUUUACUGCAAGGAAAAGGAUUAGAUUAGUUGCCAACUGGUUAUGUACAUACUUUGGCCCUGCCUUUUAUCAGUGUGUGUGUUAAGGUGAGUCCUUCUUGAUCCCUUUGAUCCCUUUCUGCCUCUUGAUUUAAUGGGGAAUUGGCUAACCAUUUAAGAGAUACGAACAGAAGGUGUCCUUGUUCUGCAGCAUUUUGCAAACAUCCAUUCUCAUUCCCAAGUUCAGAGGACCUCUUUGGAAGAACAGCUGGAGAUGGGACGCACAUUGGCAAAUAACAGAGGGGUCUGAACCUUCCCAACUAUGCCUUUGGGCCUGGCUUCCCUUUUGCCUUGGUGCAGCUUCUGGUUUUGGGUUAUGUAGUACUGCCACCAACCACCUUCAUGGAGGAAAGAAGUACCUUGCCCUGAUUCUUUCCCCUUAAUACCAGCUUUUGAGAGAGAGGGGGCUCACAGUCUGAGCGAUUUACCUACAAAUGGCCUGAUGAUGAUAAGGUGGAAAAUAAACUCUGUAGCAUCACCCCUGGUCUUUGUAGCUCUGAGGCAUGUAGCCAGAGACUAGUAGCUCUGUAGCCUUGUUCCCCUUUUUAAUCAUAUAUUUAUUAAGCAUUUCUGAGAAAAGGGAAAAGAAAAGCAGACAAGGAGAAAAGACAGAAAGAAAGAGAACACAACAUGAAUAAAUGGCAUUUACAAGCAUAGGACUAGGUUAAUUUUUUCAAUAUUUAAUUAGUUUUAAAUAACUGAAUAUAUUGUUUUAAAAGCUCCAGAUCAUUGUUAAAAUCGAGGUCAUAUAUAAAUAUCAAUAGCAGUCAGCAGAAUAUAGAUCAUAAAAUGAGAUUAGGAAUUGGAAUAACUUCUGUCCGAACAGUUGAAGAUCUAUUUGAAGGUUAAAAUAUUUAGACUUCAAGAGAAACUCAAAUUUUGGAUGUGGUACAAGCCUGCAUGUAGAAUUACAGUUCAAAAAUGGUUUCCAAAUUGAGUUAAAUUCUGUGUCAGAUUUACUUUUAAGAUAGUAAGUUAUUUUGGACACUGAAGCAGACUCCUACAACUUAAUUAGCCAUGCAGAAGGUACUGUACAUACUGUACAAGUAUCCAUGUAAUAGUUGCCAUAUGCAAAACUAAUUCAGUAUACUUUGUGGGAAUGUAAAGUUUAGUAAUAUUUACUUUUUUAAAAAUAAGUUCAAAAGGAAAUUUAGUUUUUAGAAUUUUUUUCAUUAUAAAUUAUUUUCCCAAAAUUGUUAGACUUUACUAAAUUGCCAUCAAAUAUAGAAAAAUAAUCCAAUGUGGUUGUAACAUUUCCAACAAUUUUUAGAGAAUGAACUGUCUAUGUUAGCAAUUAAUACUGGAGUAAUAUACUCAUGUAGAACAUAUACCAGUUUUCUCUAAUAUUUGGUGUGAAUUUAAUGUUUCUCUUCCAUUAACAUUUCUCUUGUGCAUGUCCAUUGUUGUAUCUAAAUUCUGCAUCCAUUUAAUCAUAGUCUUUAACUAGCUCAUUUUCUGACUCAUGUUUCAUUGAUAGUUUAUAAAUAAGGCCCAACAAAUCUCCAAAUUAUGUGUUAAUAAGGUUUUCAAAUUGAGUCAAGCGUCUAACUGUUUCCCUUUGGUUUUUGCAAUUCUUUUAAAACUAUUGCUUAUUUGAAGAUACUGAAACUGGUAGCGUGGUUCUGGCUAUUCCAAGGAGAAAGUCUCAAAAGAUGUUAUAUUUGCCUUAUUAAAAAAUAAAAUCUUGCAGUUUAUCUGAGUUGAUAUCUCUCCACUGAGCAGUGCUUUCCUCUUCAUAAAGAUCAAUAUUUAAUAACAAGGUGAGAGGUGAUAAUUCUGAUUCUUUUCCUGUAUUUAUCCCAAUCCUUUAAUACAUUGCUUAUUAUUACAUAAUCGCAUAUAAACUUUUGUUUGUAUCAGUCCGAAGAUAUUUGUGCAGAUCAUCUGAGAGUCUUGCUCCUUCAGUAGAGGUAAUGAGGUGAUAUGAUCUAAUCAGUAAUUCAGGUUAGACAACCAGCUUCAUAAUAUAGUUUAAAGAUGGGAGCUGCCAGGCUACCUUGUUCUUUCAAAUCCUGUAGCAUUGUAAAUUUAAUCCUUGGUAUUUUAUUGGACUAUACAAAUUGUGUUACUUGCCUCUGCCAGUCAUUUAAUACCUUAUUUUCAAUUUUUCUUGGAAUAAUUUGGAACAGAAAAUUAAUCCUUGGUAGAUUAUUUAUUGUAAUGGCUGCAAUUCUUCCUAACCAAGACAGUUUUAACUUUCUCUAUCUUAAAAUAUCUGCUGUUACAUUUUUCCAGAUGUGUGAGUAACUAUUUUUAAAUAGAUACUAUUUUUGUCAAGUCAUUCCUACAUACAGGUCGUCCUCAUUUAGAAACAAAUUCAUUUA